AUGGCGCUGCUUACAAAGGGAGGCGUCUGGAUGUUCAGCAAUGUGAAGUGGCGAUCUUCCAGCUAUGUUUAUGGCUUUGCAAAAAUAACAAACACCAAACGGCUCUAUUUUAAGCUUGUAACUGUUCUUUCACCUCAUUUUUUCCCUGCAUUUCAGGUUACAGCAACCCAUUCGAACUGCAUCAUCAAAAAAGAGCAGGAGACUUGUCUGGAGAAGAUAAGGAGGGCAGCUGCCCUGAACCCUCUCAAUGACUCUUCUCCAGGUUGCCCAGGAAUGUGGGACAAUAUUACAUGCUGGAAACCUGCAAGCGUGGGUGAAAUUGUCUUUGUCAAGUGUCCUGCACUGUUCAGAUUUAUCAUCUCUGAAGAUGGUUGGGAAGUAGAUAACUUGGGGCAAACCCAUACAGGUGAUUAUGACCUGCUGGAAAGCACAGCCCAGUCUCCCCUAGGGGACAUCAGCAGAAACUGCACUGAAGAUGGCUGGUCUGAACCUUUUCCUCAUUAUUAUGAUGCCUGCGGCUUUGAUGAAAAUGAAACAGAGUCCGAUAACCAGGAUUACUACUAUCUGUCUGUGAAGGCUCUGUACACAGUGGGAUACAGCACUUCUCUUGUUUCUCUCACCACCGCCAUGGUUAUCCUGUGUCGUUUCAGGAAGCUUCACUGCACUAGAAAUUUUAUCCACAUGAACCUCUUUGUUUCAUUCAUCCUACGUGCAAUAUCUGUAUUCAUUAAAGAUGGGGUUCUUUAUGCUGAACAGGAUGGCAACCACUGUUUUAUCUCAACGGUGGAAUGCAAAGCAGUGAUGGUGUUUUUUCACUACUGUGUCAUGUCCAACUACUUCUGGCUUUUCAUUGAGGGAUUGUACCUUUUCACUUUAUUGGUAGAAACCUUUUUCCCAGAGAGGAGAUAUUUCUACUGGUACACUAUUAUUGGCUGGGGUACCCCAACAAUAUGUGUCACUGUCUGGGCAGUGCUGAGACUUCACUUUGAUGAUACUGGCUGCUGGGACAUGAAUGACAACACUGCCUUGUGGUGGGUGAUCAAGGGUCCUGUGGUUGGAUCCAUCAUGAUAAACUUUGUGCUUUUUAUUGGCAUAAUUGUGAUACUGGUGCAGAAACUCCAGUCACCUGAUAUCGGAGGCAACGAAUCCAGCAUUUACUUGAGACUGGCUCGUUCUACACUACUGCUUAUCCCCUUGUUUGGAAUUCACUACACGGUGUUUGCUUUUUCUCCUGAAAAUGUCAGUAAGCGGGAGAGACUAGUGUUUGAAUUGGGACUGGGAUCUUUCCAGGGUUUUGUUGUGGCUGUUCUUUAUUGUUUCUUGAAUGGGGAGGUGCAAUCAGAAAUAAAGAGAAAAUGGAGGAGCUGGAAAGUCAAUCGGUAUUUUGCUGUGGAUUUCAAACACCGUCAUCCUUCUCUAGCGAGCAGCGGAGUGAACGGGGGGACACAACUCUCCAUUCUGAGCAAGAGCAGCUCUCAGAUUCGGAUGUCCAGCAUAAAUGCGGAGAACCUAGCGACAUGA